AUGACGGUGAGCUUUGAAAAGUUCCUCGAAAAGCUACAGGUUCCGCAUUCUGGUAAACCACUUUCAGUGCUAAGAAACCCAGACUUAGAACCUAUACCUCAUGCGAACAGAGUAUGGGGUUUUUGGUCGUUUUUUGCCUACUGGGGUCUACCAAAUUUUUCAGCCGCAGCGAUAAGUAUCGGGUCGGCAUUGUUAAGUUUAGGUCUGAAUGUUAAACAAUCGAUUGGUGCCAUUGUUGUAAGCAACAUUGUCAUCGCGUUGUACACGGCGAUGAACUCCAAUCCAGGAUUCAAAUAUCACAUCGGUUACACAUUGGACCAAAGAAUGUUAUUUGGGAUCUACGGAUCAUCAGUUGGGAUUAUCUUUCGAAUCGGCUUGUCAGUCGUCUUGUAUGGGUAUUUGUCCUGGAUGGGCGGGCUUUGUCUGAACCUAGUUUUCAGCUCAUGGUCCAAAAAUUACAUGAAUAUGAAGAACACGUUUCCGGAGUCAGUGCCCAUGACUACUCGUGACUGCGUAGCGUUUUUGAUAUUUCAGCUUAUUCAAAUGCCUCUGAGUUUUAUCCAUCCCAGAAAAAUUAACAGAGCCGGGGUCAUGUUUUCUUUUAUGACUCUUUUCUCCAUCAUUGGUCUUCUUGCUUACUUUGUUAGCAAGAAUGGUGGGCCAGGACCGAUUUAUUAUCAAGGCGUGGAGCUCACGUCAAGUCAAAGGUCCUGGAUGUGGAUGCUUGCAAUGACAAUAUGGUAUAGUGGUAUUUCGCCUGUAAUGGCAAAUCAAUCAGAUUAUUCGAGAUACGCUUCUAAUAAGGUCGGAAUGCAUUCUGGAAUAGCACUGGGCAUUCUGUUCGCAGGCACCUUCGCUCCUGUCGCAGGCAUGUUUUGUGCUUCUGCGUCGCAAGGUCUUUACGGCGAACCUCUUUGGUUACCCACUGACAUGGUCUUGAAGUUCUUGGAAGAUGGUUACACUGCAAAGGCUCGUUGUGCAGCUUUCUUCAUUGGUAUUAGUUUUACUGGUGCCCAAAUCGUGGUCAAUAUGACUCAGAAUGGAUAUGCUUGCGGGAUGGAUUUGGCAGGUAUCUUCCCCAAAUACAUUAACAUUGUCCGUGGUACUCUUUUCGUCCAGCUAAUUUCGUGGGUGGUUCAACCUUGGACAUUUUUCAACACGUCUUCCGCUUUUCUGAAUUCUAUGACAUCUUUCGGAAUUUUCACCACACCAAUCAUGGCCAUUAACGUUGUGGAUUAUUACGUCGUUCGUAAGACGCGCAUAGCGGUGUCCGAUUUGUUUACCAUGGAUCCCAAUGGUGCAUUCUGGUUUUACCACGGUUUCAAUCUCAGAGCCAUUUUCGCACUCACAGUUGGUGUUGCUUUGGGUUUGCCGGGCCUUGUCUUUUCGAUCAAUACAAAGCUUCCUGUCAACGCAGGCAUGAACAACUUUUUCAAUGGCUACACAUUUUUCUCGGUGAUAGUUUCGGGAGUUCUAUAUUACAUUUUGACGCUGAUAUUUCCUUAUAAGCAAAGGUUAGGUGCUGUCGAUACGAAGGACUACUUCAAUGCAUUCAGCUUAGAAGAGUGUGAGGCGCUAGGAAUGGAACCUUACACCCCAGCUCUCGAAGGUGAGUAUAUUGAGCUCGAGAUUGGUAAUGUUAGCAGCAGGAAGGCCAAUGCUGAGGGUGACGUUGAACAAGGUAAGAGCGAAGGCUCCAAAUCUGAGCUGGAAAUUCGAGAGGAAAUAAAAGAGUGA